GGGGCCGCGUGGGUGGGUGGGGCAUUAGGCUUUGCCAACAGGUGGUCCCCGGCCCUCUCCUGGGCAGCUCUUGAAGGGAGGAGCCAGGCUUGCCUUGCCCACCUCUCGCCCCUGAGUCAGUCAAGGGGAGAUGUGGAGGUCUUACCCUCUUUGGAGAAAAAGAUGCUCGCAUUUCUGAGCCCAGGUUUCCAGCAAGCCCCGACCACCUCCUCCUCCUCCCUGACCUCUGUCCCCUGAGCUCAGGAGGGGGAUGACACCUGUGACAGGAGCCCCUCCCUUCCUCUCUAGGAGGGAGAGAGCCCUCCCUCCCUGGGGGCUCUGUUUGGGAAGCUGGAUGAGCCUGGUCUGUGGAGAGUUUAAAAAGCCAGUCGUUUGGUACUGCCUGGUGAUGGGGCACAUCUCAGCCUGGAUGGGGCUGGAGGGAACUCUGAGACCCCAGGGAGGGAUGGGUGGCUCUUGGGUAGUUACUGGGGGUAGGGUGAGGCCUGGAGGGGUAAGAGGAGGGGAGGGAUGGGGAGUGGCAAGAACCCAGGACCCAAAUUCCCAGCCUGGCCAACCCUGCAGCCAUGUCUGCCCUCAAGAGAAGCAGGGGCUCCUCGAGGUCAGUGGGGUGGGGGGAGUUGGGGGGGGCCUGAGGCUCUUUCUGGUAGAGCCCCUGGUCCCCCCGUACUUCCGCCACCCUUCCCUGCUCUGUAGAACCCCUGGGUGCUGAGUGGCAGGAGCCAUGGGGUCUCCCGCCUGGGUAUGGCUGGCUGGGUCACUAACCGCUGUGAUCUGCUUCCUUUUCCUCCAGAUUAUGCGGAUCAAACCUCACCAAGGCCAGCACAUAGGAGAGAUGAGCUUCCUACAGCACAACAAAUGUGAAUGCAGACCAAAGAAAGAUAGAGCAAGGCAAGAAAAAAAAUCAGUUCGAGGAAAGGGAAAGGGGCAAAAAAGAAAGCGCAAGAAAUCCCGGUAUAAAUCCUGGAGCGCUCCCUGUGGGCCUUGCUCAGAGCGGAGAAAGCAUUUGUUUGUACAAGAUCCGCAGACGUGUAAAUGUUCCUGCAAAAACACAGACUCGCGUUGCAAGGCGAGGCAGCUUGAGUUAAACGAACGUACUUGCAGAUGUGACAAGCCAAGGCGGUGAGCUGGGUGGGAGGAAGGAGCCUCCCUCAGAGUUUCAGGAACGAGACGUCUCACCAGGAAAGACUGACACAGAAUGACCCAUAGCCGCUGCCCCCGCACCACCACCACCAUCAACAGAACAGUCCUGAAUCCAGAAACCUGACAUGAAGGAAGAGGAGGCUGUGCGCAGAGCACUUUGGGUCCGGAGCACAAGACUCCGGCAGAAGCAUUCCCGGGCGGGUGACCCAGCACGGUCCCUCUUGGAAUUGGAUCGCCAUUUUAUUUCUCUUGCUGCUAAAUCACCGAGCCCGGAAGAUUAGAGAGUUUUAUUUCUGGGAUUCCUGUAGACACACCCACCCACAUACAUGCGUUUAUAUAUAUAUAUAAAAUAUAUAAAAAUAAAUAUAUAUAUUUUAUAUAUAUAUAUAAAAUAUAUAUAUUCUUUUUUUUUAAAUUAACAUUGCUAAUGUUAUUGGUGUCUUCACUGGAUGUAUUUGACUGCUGUGGACUUGAGUUGGGAGGAGAACGCCCCCACCCAGAUCCUGACAGGGAAGAGGAUGGAAGCAGAGACUCUGGCAUCAUCUUUUUAUCCCUCUUAGGGAAGCCGGGGUCCCCUCACCUGCCGGGGGACGCGCAAGGCCAGGGCACGGGGGCAAAUUUGGCCUGCUUUUGGAAACACCGACAAACCCAGCCCUGGCCCCGAGCCUCUAUCCCGAGUCAAACGGACAGAAAGACAGGCAACAGGUGCAGGGCACGAGGACGCUGGCUCUGACCAGGAGUUUGGGGGAGCCUCGGGACACUGCUGUGCUUUGGAGAACCCCUCCACGUGCUGCACGGGCAUCUUGCCCCCAGGGGCACUUGCCUGGAAGAUUCAGGAGUCUGGGCAGCCUUCACCUCCUCUCACCCGCUUCCGAGAUGCCCAGGAGGCCACUGACAUGCCUUGGCGAAGAGAAGAGAGACGUUGGUGGAGGAAGGGCCGCCCAGUGGCAGCUCAUCCUCCGAGGGAAGGGCCUCCUGCCUUGGCCCUCUCCCAGCUUCGCUUCCCGGGGCGCAGCCCAGGAGGGCCCGAUGUCCUCAGACCAUUGAAACCACUAGUUCUGUCCCCCCAGGAGACCUGGCUGUGUGUGUGUGAGUGGUUAACCCACCUCCGUCCCCCAACCCGACCCUUCCUGCGGCAUAGAGAGACAGGGCAGGGUCCCGGUGCCCACCCUGGAGGCAGAGAAAAGAGAAGUGUUUUAUAUAUGGUAGUUAUUUAAUAUGCCCUUUUAAUUAGAAAUUAAAACAGUUAAUUUAAUUAAAGAGUAGGGUUUUUUUCAGUAUUCUUGGUUAAUAUUUAAUUUCAACUAUUUAUGAGAUCCAUCUCUUGCUGUCUCGCUCUCUCUUAUUUGUACUGGUCUUUGUGUAUAAAAUUCCUGUUUCCAAUCUCUCUUGCUCUGAUCGGUGACAGUCACCAGCUUGUCCUGAGCAGAUAUUUAAUUUUGCUAACACUCAGUUCUGCCCUCCCCUUUCCCUUGGCUCCCCACCACACAUUCCUUUGAAAUAAGGUUUCAGUAUACAUCUACAUACUAUAUAUAUAUUUGGUAACUUGUGUUUGUGUAUAUAUAUAUAAUAUAUAUAUAUAUGUUUAUGUAUAUAUGAUUCUGAUAGACAUUGCUAUUCUGUUUUUUUAUAUGUAAAAACAAAACAAGAAAAAAUAGAGAAUUCUACAUACUAAAUCUCUCUCCUUUUUUAAUUUUAAUAUUUGUUAUCAUUUAUUUAUUGGUGCUACUGUUUAUCCGUAAUAAUUGUGGGGGAAAAAGAUAUUAACAUCACAUCUUUGUCUCUAGUGCAGUUUUUCGAGAUAUUCCGUAGUACAUAUUUAUUUUUAAACAACAACAAAGAAAUACAGAUAUAUCUUAAAAAAAAGCAUUUUGUAUUAAAGAAUUUAAUUCUGAUCUCAAA